AUGUGGAAUAUGGAUGGGGAGGAAAAAGCAGACAAAGGUCAUCUCAGAUCGAAUAUAAGUCAGAGAAAUGAGAAAGACAUGCAACGUAUCAGUGCAGGUAUCACUGAGUGUUGCUUUAAUCCUGGAUUUCCGAUUAUUCGGUUAGGAUUUCAUGAAGUUGAGUUUGAGGCAAUUCCGCAUUUCUUAACCUUAUCCUCGACCAAGAGGCUUGGAAUCGACAUACUUGCUAAGUUUGAAUUGGCCCAACUAUCAUCAUCGCCACUUGUCGAAUCUGAAGGAAGGAUUCCUAUGGAGGAUGUGCAAAAAGAUUUUGUCUUGCUGUCAUUUCAUUUAUUCCAACUACGGGAAUCUUUUUCAGGCCUUGUAUUUCAGGCAUCUAUAACAUAA